AUGGAGAUGACACCGGUUAAGUGCGAAGUAAACACCGGUGUAAGACGUCGUUUGUGUAAUGAAAACAAUGAAACUCGAGUUGUUAAAAAUGUCAAGAGAAGACGAAGAGAACCCAUUGUAGGUGUUACUAGUACCAGUACCAAUACCGAGUCGAAAGAACAACAACAGGUUGAUGGAUCUUCUGCUACUAGUACUACAACUACAACAAUCAAAAGAAGUUCGAGAUUUCGUGGUGUUAGUAGGCAUAGAUGGACUGGUAGAUUUGAAGCUCAUCUAUGGGAUAAAGGCUCCUGGAAUGUAACGCAAAAGAAGAAAGGAAAACAAGUUUAUCUUGGAGCAUAUGAUGAUGAAGAAUGCGCAGCAAGAGCUUACGAUUUAGCUGCACUCAAGUACUGGGGUCCGACGACUUUCACAAAUUUCCCGCUAACUGAUUAUGAGAAAGCGAUUCAAAUAAUGCAAAAUGUGACAAAGGAAGAGUACUUGGCCUCUUUGAGAAGGAAAAGCAGUGGUUUCUCAAGAGGAGUGUCAAAAUAUAGAGGUGUUGCAAGGCAUCAUCAUAAUGGGAGAUGGGAAGCAAGAAUAGGAAGGGUUUUUGGGAACAAGUAUCUUUACCUUGGUACUUACAGUACUCAAGAAGAGGCUGCACAUGCAUAUGAUAUUGCAGCAAUCGAAUAUCGAGGGAUUAACGCAGUAACAAAUUUCGAUUUGAGCACAUAUAUAAGGUGGCUAAGACCAGGGACUAAUGCACUAGUUCCUUGUCAAGAACAACAAUCCAACUCAGAACCGCAGACAUUCCCCAAAUCGUCCAUGUUAAUCCCAUCGAACAGUCUCACAGUAGACGAGUUUGGUUCACCUAGAAAUCAAGAAGCUCUUGGGAAAGAAAUUUCAGUCAGUUCUUGCAGUAACAGGUCAUCUUCGUCACCCACUGCACUAAGUCUGUUAUUACGGUCAUCGGUAUUCAGAGAACUUGUGGAGAGAAACUCUUAUGCAACCAACGACGAAACCGACGCGGAAGUAGCUAGACACCAAGCUCGGGUAGCAGGUGAAGAUGAAUUCAACAGGAUUCUUUGCCGCAGAAUCGCAGAUCUCCCAUAUGGGUGUCCUCCAUCAGAGGAUAUGCCUAGUAUCGAACUGCAACGACAAGGAGAGAGUGAGAGUGCCUCCCCAGUAUAUAAUCAGAGCGGACAAUCUCUUUGGAAUGGUAUGCUAACUAUGCCUCCUACACUGCACUGAGAUUAUGCCCUUAGGUGCACUAAAUCACCACAUAUGAAUGUAUCACCUCUACCGUUGCAUCAUUAAAUAAAUCUGAAGUUCUGAACUGAUUGGGCUUUAUGGACAGAAUCAAAUUUCAUGUGCUGGCUGCUCCAUG